UUUACCCUUCCCUCCCCUUUCCCCUCCCCUUCAUCCUCCCAUUCUCCCCCUGCUCCCGCCCCGUCCCCCUCCCAACGUCUGACGAAGCACGCCGAGGGCUGGAGGUCCCCUCCCGCAUCCUACCUCCGGUUCUCUCGGAUGACGCAGGGUGGAAAAGUGGGAGGAGCAGAGAAAGGAGGAGGGAUGGAGUCUCCGUUCUGUUGCAUUCUGGGAAGGACGCUGCUCCGUCAGUCGUGCUGCCUCCUGGGAGUUGUAGUCGGGAUCCUGAGGCAACCGAUCCUCUUCUCCUUAGUCAAGUAAGCUGAAAAAUACUGUUGUAGAACUAUACAUGUUGUUAUGGUGAUACAGUUUUUGAAUAUACAGUUCAUCUUCAUCCUCAUUUAAGAUAAUAAAAACGUUUUAAGUUUACACCAUGGAUAGCACCAAGGAGAAGAAUGGCAAUUACAAAGAUGAUCUUCUGCUUAGGGUGGGACUUAAUGAUAAUAAAGCCGGAAUGGAAGGAUUAGAUAAAGAGAAGAUUAACAAAAUUAUAAUGGAAGCCACAAAAGGGUCCAGAUUUUAUGGAAAUGAACUCAAGAAAGAAAAGCAAGUCAACCAACGAAUUGAAAAUAUGAUGCAACAAAAAGCUCAAAUUACCAGCCAACAGCUAAGAAAAGCACAAUUACAGGUUGACAGAUUUGCAAUGGAAUUAGAACAGAGCCGGGAUCUGAGCAACACUAUUGUGCACAUUGACAUGGAUGCUUUCUAUGCAGCUGUAGAAAUGAGGGACAAUCCAGAAUUGAAGGAUAAACCCAUUGCUGUAGGAUCAAUGAGUAUGUUGUCUACUUCAAAUUACUACGCAAGGAGGUUUGGUGUUCGCGCAGCCAUGCCAGGAUUUAUUGCUAAAAGACUCUGCCCACAACUUAUUAUUGUGCCCCCAAACUUUGACAAAUACCGAGCUGUGAGUACAGAGGUUAAGGAAAUACUUGCUGAUUAUGAUCCCAAUUUUAUGGCCAUGAGUCUUGAUGAAGCCUACUUGAAUAUAACACAGCACUUACAGGAAAGACAAAAUUGGCCUGAGGACAAAAGGAAGUAUUUCAUCAAAACAGGGAACUCUCUAGAAAAUGAGAAACCAGGAAAAGAAGCUCAUAAGCUGAGUGAGCAUGAACGAUCCACGUCUCCACUACUUUUUGAUGAUAGUCCUCCUGAUUUGCACCCCCAAGGAAUUCCUUUACAAGUGAACUUCGAAGAACAGAAUAAUCCUCAAAUACUCCAAAAUUCGAUUGUUUUUGGAACAUCAGCUGAAGAAGUGGUAAAGGAAAUUCGUUUCAGAAUUGAGCAAAAAACAACACUGACAGCCAGUGCAGGCAUUGCCCCAAAUACAAUGUUAGCAAAAGUAUGCAGUGAUAAGAAUAAACCAAAUGGACAAUACCAAAUUCUCCCCAACAGACAAGCUGUGAUGGACUUCAUCAAGAACUUACCCAUUAGAAAGGUUUCUGGAAUAGGAAAAGUUACGGAGAAAAUGUUAAAGGCGCUUGGAAUUAUUACUUGUACAGAACUCUACCAACAGAGGGCAUUGCUUUCUCUUCUUUUCUCUGAAACAUCUUGGCAUCAUUUCCUUCAUAUUUCCCUGGGUCUAGGUUCAACACACCUGGCAAGGGAUGGAGAAAGGAAAAGCAUGAGUGUUGAGAGGACAUUCAGUGAGGUAAGUAAGCCAGAAGAACAAUAUAGCUUGUGCCAGGAACUUUGCAGUGAACUUGCUCAAGAUCUGCAGAAAGAAGGACUAAAGGGUAGAACUAUUACCAUUAAACUGAAGAAUGUAAACUUUGAAGUAAAAACUCGUGCAUCUACGGUUUCAUCUGUUGUUUCUACUGCAGAAGAAAUAUUUGCUAUUGCUAAAGAAUUGCUAAGGACAGAAAUUGAUGCCGAAUUUCCACAUCCCUUGAGAUUAAGACUUAUGGGUAUACGGUUAUCCAGCUUUCCCAAUGAAGAAGACAAAAAACAACAAAGGAGCAUUAUUGGCUUCUUACAGGCUGGAAACCAAACUCUGUCAGCUGCUGGGUAUAUACUAGAGAAAACUGACAAAGAUCAGUUUCUAAAACCUCUAGAAAUAUCUCAUAAGAAGAGUUUCUUUGAUAAAAAGCGAUCAGAAAGGAAAUGGAGCCACCAAGACACAUUUAAAUGUGAAGCUGUGGAUAAACAAAGUUUGCGGACAUCACAUUCAUUUCAAGUUUUAAAGAAGAAGAUGAAUGAGAAUUCAGAAACAUCGGAGAAUUCAAAUAACUCUCAGAUAUUUACCUGUCCAAUUUGCUUUAGGGAGCAAAGAAGCAUCAGUCUGGAAGCCUUUAAUAAACAUGUAGAUGCAUGUCUUGAUGGAUCUUUGAUCAGUGAAAACUCCAGUGUGUUCUCAUGUUCACAUGCUUCCUCUACAGAAAUUAGCAAGAAAGAAAAUGUACAUCCUUCUUUCUCACUCCAUGAGAAGCAGGAUUAUGAAACCCAUCAGAAGAAUUCAGAAAUCAGUUCAGUAGAUUGUGUAGAGCUAGUAGAGACUGAAGAUAAUCCGCCUGAAGCAGAAAGUGUAGGUGGUUUAAGUGAAAAGCACAGCAAAGAGGAAUGCCCUAGUCUUCCAAGCAGAUCAUUUAAUAUUGCAGAAUGUUGUCACAAUUCUUCCUCUACUGUUUCAUUGGAAGAUACUGGGUCAUUAAGUCAACAAGAAUCCUCCCAGCCUUAUUUACAUGAAGUGAUAACAGACCAAGCUCUAGUUUGUCCUGUUUGUAACCUAGAACAAAAGACUUCAGAUCUUACCCUGUUCAAUGUGCAUGUGGAUGUAUGCUUAAAUAAAGGCAUUAUCCAGGAACUGAGAAAGGAUAAAGUUAAUCUAGCUAACCAACCCAGAGAAAGCACCCAAAGUACUGAUAACUCAGGCAGAGUGCAGAAGACUGCAACAAAACCAAAAAGGCCGGGAUCGAUGACAAAGUACUCAGCAUCAAAGAAAACAAAACCGAACAAUCCCAGACAUACUCUUGAUGUAUUUUUUAAAUGAACAUUGAACAUUUUAUCAUUGAACAUUUUAUUCUUAAUAGAAACUUUUUAUUUUAUAAUCAAUGAAAACUUCUUCUUCAUUAAGUUUACAGAUUCAUGUAGUGAAAGGCAAGUGCAAUAAUUCCUUCCCAAAUGACAUUUCUUUUAUAUGGAUUUGGAAUAUGCACUAAAUAACUUUUGUAAACACCUUCGAGAUAACCAUGAGAAUUUCACAUCUAUUAUACAUCAGUCAGAAAUCAAUCCUAUUAGAGAUAAUUUUAAAAUGAGAAAUCAGGAAUGGAAUCAGAAAGUGAUUUGUUUUUUUAUCAUGUUUUAUAGUGAAUAUAGAAACAUAUUUAUAAGGGCUCUCGGGGGUUUACACAAACCUAGUUUAGCAUAAGAAUUUUUCAGCACUGAGGCACCUGGGUGGCUUAGUUGGUUAAGGUUAAGCAUCUGACUCAUGAUUUCAGCUCAUGUUAUGAUCUCAGGGUGCUGAGAUCGAGCCCCGCAUGGGGCUCUAUACUCAGUGGGAAGUCUGCUUGAGAAUCUCUCCCUCUCCCUCUGCCCCUCCUCAUGCUCGUGCUCUCUCUCUCUCUAAAAUAAGCAAAAAAUUCUUUAAAAAAAGAAUUUUUUAGCACGUAACCACUUUGUUGGUACUGGACCGCUAUAUUUGUUUUAGUAACUUCUACAACUUUGUAUAUUCAUUUUUUUGUCUCCUAGUGUCUUCAGAUACCUCAUGAGUAUUCAUAAUUAAUAUUUAUCAUAAGUUCUAUGAAGAAUAUUAGCUUGGCAGAACAAGGAUGAAGGUUUUGUUACCUUCAGGAAAAUAGGAUCUCAGUAUUAUUUUCUUUGUUAAAAGAAUUGUUUAAAAUAGGAUUAUCCACUUGAUUUUUUUUUAAUUCCUUUAUCUUCUGAAUAAGCACAUGGUUCACUUUAAAAAUAUUUAGUCUAAGAUUCAAGGUAGUUAAAUUUCUUCGUAGGGCUUUAAAAUAGUGGUAUAUCAUUUCUUGAGGGUUAUGUUUAUACUUUUCACAGAUCUAUAAAAAAGAAUAUAUUGUACACUCAAAGUGUACAAUUAAUGUGUAUUAAAACAUCUCAUUUAUCUUAGCUAUAUUUCUAUCACAUUUUUUAAUAUCUGUGAAAGAAGACAACUGAAUACUAAUUAGCUUAGUUACUCCAAGUACUUUUGUGCUAUUAAUACAAUUUUUUUUUCCAAAAAAGUUAUUUAAUGGAAACAUGAAGAUGGAAACCAUUUUCUGUUACUCCUUUAAGGAACUGAAUUUUUUGUCUCUUAUAUUUUUGUUUUCUCUUUUCCUUUCAUAUUUUAUAGCUCAUUAUCUAAGUUUAUGAAGACAUAAUAUUUUAGGAAUAGGUUAAAUUAGGAUCUCACACAGCCUUUGGCCAAAGUGGUAACUUAACUUGAAAUUACUGGAUUGUUUAAAAUUAGGUUUAGUGUUUAGGUUUAGUAUCAUGGCGGUCUCAGGCCUAAUAUUAUCAUAUGCUAUUGCAAAUUCAGAGUUGUAGAGCUGUGGGUCUUGAUUGUGUGAUUUACGUAUCUAAAUUCUGUACAAAAUAAGUUCAGUGAAGCACUGCUUUAAUAUACUGAAAAGUUAAUAGCAUCAUAUCUAGUUGUUCCUAGCUGGCCUCGGGUUUAUUUUUAUGGUGUUUUCAACUUUAGAGUAAUUAUGAAAUUAUUUUCAUUUAGAUGAUUCAUUUAAUUGACUGUUAUCAUUUAGUAAUAUUUAAUAAUAAUUUAAUAAUAACAAUUUAAAAUAAAAUUGCAAAUAUUUAAUUAAUAUUUGAGCCAGUAAAAAUGGUUUCCUUACUUUUGUACUCUUUUCCCACCUCUGAUUCCUCUUUUGUUCUCUUUGCCCAGAAUUCUCUCCACAUUCUUUUCUAUCUGUUUUAUCUAAUAUUUCCAACUCAUCUACUUUUUAUUAUUUUGCUUUGGGGUAUUCUUAGGAAAUAGAGCAAAACUACAAAGAACAAGCAUCUAUGAUCUUAUCUACUUAGAGGGUCAAAAUAAUGGGGCGCUACCUGGGAGAAUGUAUUUGUAACACAUGUAACUGGCCCAAAACUAGUAUCCAGAAUAUAUAAUCCAGAGGAUAUAAAUGAUUCCUAUGUAUUAGUAAGAAAAAGACAGAUAGCUAGUAGAAAUUUGGACAAAUGACUUUAAAUGUCACUUUACAUAAAAAGAAAUCCAAAUGGCCAGGAAACAUGAAAACAUUCUCAGCCAUUUUAGUAAUAGGGAAAUGAAAAAACUGCAAAGCGCUAUCAUUACACCCCUAACAGCUUCACAAAAAUGAAAAGAUCCAAUGUUAUUAAAUUUUGGUGGUGAUGUGGAGCAAUUUGAACUCUCCUUUGAAGACAAUCACUUUGGAAAACAGUUUGCCUUUCUUCAGUAAAAUUGAAGAUGUGUACAUUUAACAGCCCAGCAAUUGCACUCCUAAAUAAACACCUUUGCUGGUUAUCUUCCAUUUGCUCUCCAGAUUUACUCUUUUUUUUUUUUUUUUU